AUGCUUGCGAACGAUAGUUCUUGCUUCCAGUUGUGGAAUACAUCGGUUUAUGCACCGUUCUGUAACAUUGGGAAGGUUGCUCACGAGUUGUCUAUUGCUUUCUGCAUGAGCCAUCAUUGGAAGCUCCUUCGGCUGCUACUCUUCGUGUUUCUGGCUAUCGUAGCUGGCGCGGUUGCUGAGAAGCAGGAUGCACGUGGACAGCCCAAGCCGGAUAAAUUCCCUUUCUUUGUUCCUGUCCAAGUCGUGAAGCCCUCUAAAGAUCACAAUAACCUACAAGUUGUACCAGAGUCUAUAAAUCUCCUUCGAUCCGCAUCACAACGUCGUCCUAUUUCCGUGAUAUCGGUCGUUGGGCCCUACCAUUCUGGCAAGAGCUUCUUAUUGAACUCCCUACUCCAAAAGCCAUCAACAUUCUCUGUUGGUCCUAAGACCUCCCCGCAGACCCUAGGCAUCUGGAUGUGCCGUACAGACCUUAGCGCUCCUGAUGGGUCCGAGAUAUGGCUCAUGGAUUCUGAGGGUUUCUUCGGCCCUCAGGUGACCGAGACUUACGACGCUAAAAUUUUCACAGUAGCCACCCUGCUGGGCAGCCACUUGGUCUACAACACGGUUAAGGUUAUCGAUCAACAAGCGGUGAACCUUUUGGAAAUGUUGGCUCGUCGUGCCCAACUCUUCCGAGUGCGCUCCUUGGCACCCUCUGCAGUAGCUGAGGAUCACGAGAAGAGCGUAGCAGAGGCGUCGGCGGCUGAGAUACCAGUGUUCCUAUCAGCGAAGACCUUCCCACCCCUCACAUGGGUGGUUGAAGAUUUCGUACAGGACAUGGCUGCAUCACAAACUGGUGCUGGAGCCUCAACUAUGACCAACGACUCGGCCAUCGCAACGGAGUGGCUCAAAUCAUACCUGAGCGGAGGAAGCAAGGGCUUUGACGGAUCUGAGGAUUCGUAUGAUGAAUCUGAUCGUGCCUAUCUAGCCCGGCUCUUCCCCUCGUUGACUGUCCAUACGCUCUUUCUUCCGGCUACCACCAAAUCACAGUUGAAGGAUCUCAGCCAAUUGAGUUGGACUGAGCUUACCGAUGAGUUCCGUAAAGAAGUCACAGCCUUGCGCGGGGAGCUCUUCACCACGGUCAGAUCAAAGGAGCUCUAUGAAGAAUCGCCUGAGGAUGAUGAUGUGCUCUCUUCCCCUGAGGACGGUAUGAUGACAGCGGAAGGCUUCGCGAGUGCUUUGAACUUCAUAGUUAAGGCUUUGCAAAAGGGUUUCUUCCCGGAGUUGCCAUCCUUAUGGGCAUCGUGGAGAGCUCAGGUUGGUGAAGUGUCCCUGAAGGACUCAUACGAGCUCUUCGAAGCCACCCUAAGUGAGGGGGUAUCACCCCGGCCCACAGGAGAGGCUGUUUCUGCAGCUGAGUUCGACAAGGCCUCGGCAGAUGCCCGGGACAAGGCGGUGGAGUUCUACACUAACUUGGUUGCGGAUUUUGGCCUACCUACACGUAACGAUGAUCUCGAGAUGAAAAUGCGCGACUCGCAAAGGAAAGCGCACGCCUUAUGGCUGGAACAAGUUCAGAAUUACAUCGCUCGGGUUCGAUCUGAUUUGGUGACGGAUAUCGAGCAGAAGCUCCUGAACAUAUCUUUGCCCUGUGAGCCUGAUACUCUGGAGCAAAUUGGGAGAGAGGCGACUAGUUUCGAGGUUAUCAAGUACGACUGGACGGGCCAGUACCAUCCCUCGAACGCAUUUGACAGAUAUAAAGGAAUAUUGAAGGAGUAUGAACAGCAGCAGCAGCCCCAACAGAAGAGGCUACUGUCCGCCGACUGGAUGGUUGGACGUUUACCUGAGUUCGAUGAGGACCCGGUUCAAGAGUUGACGAAGAGUGCUGAUGCGCUGUUGGUUCGCUUCAAAUACGAGAAUGACAGAGCGAUCUCGAGUUUGAUCCGAGUGGCUCUGGAGACAAGUAUAAACGCGUGUGAUGCCGCUGUUGACGAGGCCAACACUAGGCUGGUCGGAGAUGCGGUCCUGCAGGAUUGGGCUAAGGGUGUUAUGGCUGAGACCAUCGAAUCUUUUACUAAAAGAUGCACCAGAGAGUAUCCCUGGAUUGCCUCCCAGCCUGAGUUCCGUUCGAAUAAGGCAUUGUUGAUACAGGAAGUGAAGGAUCGUAUUGAUACCUGUACAUCGAAACAUGCAGUCCGACUCGCUGAGCAUUUGAGGCAAGAGGUUGAGACACUGAUGGGGGAGUAUAGAGCGGAGAAGAGGAAGCUUGAGAUGACCGCAUUGCCGGCUGAUGAGGCUGUUCUUAGACGGGACCACACUGCUAUCACUCAGGAUGUGUUGGACCGGUUCGACAGCGAUGAGGAAGCGGUCGCCGAUUCGGCUGCAUAUAAGGACUUCCGCUCGCAGCUGGACCAUAGUAUGGGGACGGAGUGGGACAGACUACGCAAGAAGAAUAUCGAGCUAUGGAAGGUUUAUUCCGAUGAUGCUACUGCAUGUGCUCUUGAGAUGAACCGGAAAUAUGUGAAGGAGUCCUGUCCCCAAGGGUGGAUGUGCUUGUUCAAGCUGUGGCCGACUUCUCAUGCUGGGCGUGUUAAGGCUAAUCUGGACGAGUGUUUCGAAACCAAGUCGAGUGUGAAGAUGCCGAUCUCGAUGCGUCAGGCCGUAUUUGAUAGCUGGUAUGAGAAGGAGUUGGGCAAAGAGGCCGCUGAGGUGAGACAGAAUCUGAUGGUACUCCUCUUCACGCUGACUCUGCCUGUGGUUUGGAUAAGUUGGUUGACGACCCGAUCCCGAAAAAUAUUAUGAUGAUGAUUGUUAGUUGUAGUAGAAUAAUGUUGCCAAUGAAAUGCCGAGGAGUCUACUAUUAUAUUCGCGAGUAACAAUAUGGAUCAUUCACUGUGUGCCUCCUCUCUCACGCGGAGUUUCAGC